ACCUGAGAACUAAGUCAAAAUACAACCAUAUGAAGAAGGCAAUGGAAAGGACUUUUUGCUUUGGGACAGGGAGGGCGGCUGCUCUGCGGUAGUGAUGGGGAAAACUUGUGGUAAAGAAACAGACUCUUUCCAAUGGGCAGUGGCACGGGCAAGGCUGCAGGACAGGGGCAGGACGGGGAGGAAAUAUUGGCUACCGGUGGAACAGAUAGGCCGUGAGCCUGCCCAUACCACGUGCACCGCCGUACAGAUCAGUGCGGCAGAAGUCCAGGGUUUAAUACCCAAAUCGGUGAUUCGUGGAUGCGGGUAGGCAGGUGGCUGUAAGGUGCGUGGCCCCUGGGAGUUGCCAGUAUAACCGUGGUGAGUGUUUCCUGCCACCCCGAGGAGGGCAGCAGCGGCAGGCUGUGGUGCUGGCGGGAUGCACCCCUACCCAGCCAGUGGUACCUGCCCUGGAUGUCUGGGGGGAGUUGGGCCGCGUCUGCUCACCUGAGAGCAUCUUCCUCCACCAGCCAUUCCGCCUCCUCCGUCUCUGCCUAGGAAGGUCUGCAGCCCCUUUGCAGGGCCGGGGCAUGGGGCUCCUCUGUGGCACUCUGCAGGGGCUAGAAACGUGAUGGGACUGAAACAUCCAACAGAGCUGAGUGGCCGAGUGAAGGGGUAUGUCCUCCGGGGAAGCUGUGCGGCGGCUAGCAGCCUAGGGGGACAGCUGCCCCUUGGUGAGGACAGCUCUGCACAGCCAGUCAGCAGGGCGACAGGGCAGCGGGAUCCUGCGUGUGUGAUAACCCCAUGGCACACACCCAUACCUCGCUGAGAAACAUCUGGAGGCGUACUGCCGGCAAGAUACAGGGCGUUUGCGGAACUGGUGAUCCUUUGUGAACAAAGCCACUCUCAGGGACCCAUGUGCAUCAUCUUCUUUAAGUUUGAUCCUCGCCCUGUCUCUAAAAAUGCAUACAGGCUCAUCUUGGCAGCCAACAGGGAUGAAUUUUACCACAGACCAUCCAAGGUCGCUGACUUCUGGGGGAACAACAAUGAGGUCCUCAGUGGGCUUGACAUGGAAGAAGGCAAGGAAGGAGGCACAUGGCUGGGCAUCAGCACACGGGGGAAGCUAGCUGCACUCACCAACUACCUGCAGCCACGGCAGGACCGGGAUGCCCGGGGCCGAGGUGAACUUGUGACCCACUUUCUGACUACAGACAUGGACAGCUUGUCCUACUUGAAGAAGGUCUCUGCGGAGGGCCACCUGUACAACGGCUUUAAUCUCAUAGCAGCUGACCUAAGCACGGAGAAGGGAGAUGUCAUUUGCUACUACGGGAACCGGGGGGAGCCCGAGCCAGUCGUCCUGGCACCAGGAACGUAUGGACUAAGCAAUGCGCUGCUGGAGACGCCCUGGAAGAAGCUGUGCUUUGGGAAGCAGCUCUUCCUGGAGGCCGUGGAGCGGAGCCAGGCUCUCCCCAAGGAUGUCCUCAUUGCCCAGCUCCUGCAUGUGCUCAACAAUGAUGAGGCGCAGCUGCCAGACCCGGCCAUUGAGGACCAGGGCAGGGAGUAUGUGCAGCCCUUUCUGAGCAAGUACGCGGCUGUGUGUGUACGCUGCCCGGGCUAUGGCACCAGAACCAACACCAUCAUCCUUGUGGACGCAGAUGGGCACGUGACCUUCACAGAGCGUAGCAUGCUGGACAAGGACCCCUCCUGCUGGGAGACCAGCACCCACGAGUUCAAGCUGCAGAGCUAACCCCUCUCCAUGGGUGUGGCCAUUGGGCUCCUGGAAGGCCCUGCCUUGAGGACCAGUAUGGAUAGGAGCCUCCUGUAGCCACACACACUGCCUGUGCCUUGGGCAGGACCAGGGCCCUCUGGUGUUUUUGUAACCUGUCCGUGUCCGCGUGUCCAGCUCAGGGUCUGCCCUUACGCCAGUGGGAGUGACAAGAGUCCCGCAGCCCGGCUCGGGGCAGGCCCAGGUGUGCUGUGCGUGUGUGAAAGCACCUGGGCCUGCACCCUGUCCAAGCAUAGAGGCACACACUCAAGGCACAUGCUUCCAUGCAUACCUGCAGGUGCAUGGGCACACGUACACAUGUAUAGGUACCAGAUGGGCACACGCAUGCUCAAACGCACACACCGAUCCUAGCGUACACACAUAUGCAUGCCAGACAGAGAUGUGCCUCUCACAUCUGCAGGCGCUGCUGGCCAGUGGGUCUUUGCUUCGAUCAAAACAACAGGGUUUUGUGUUUAAAAGACUUGUGUUUAAAAGUGGCUCCCUCUCUCCUGGGCGUGGUCUACUUCUGGACAGUUAGACUUGCUCUUGGAGAGGGGGCUGAAGGAUGACAAGAACCCUAGGAAAACCCACUGUCAUAACAGAAGCACAGGCUGGUUGGUGGUCUUUUGUGCCCUGGAGGGGGGUGGUCUCCUGUGUGCAUGGGGUAGUCCUGUUGGGGGAGGAGGGUGGUCCUGCCUGAAGCACCAGGGGUCCUGUGUAUGCUGGGGCACCUUGGUAGGCUCUCAGGCACCUACCUGCCCACUGGAGGUCAUGGGUCUUGGGAAGGCCCUCUCAAUGAGGGGACACAGCCAACCCUUGCUGUUUCCCUUCUCCUUGGGGAGUCAGACUUCAUAGGAAUCUGUACUUGAAUGUGAGACCAUGAUAAUAAAAUUCUGAGGCUGUGGUGAGUCA